AUGACAACAGACACCAAUAUUCCAACUGCUGGCCACCUGCAGGUACUGCUGGACCCGGCUGUUACUUCACAGGAUACUGUGGAACCUAGAAUUAUCCUCGUUCCAGGAAUCGGAACAAUCCCACCUAAAAAUUGGCCGUUUGCCAACCCAACUUGGCUCGCAUCCCUACAGGCUCCGGUGCUAAGGCACGCGUUCUCUCACCACAGACAGGCCAAUCUCACUGGUCUGUCACAGUUGAGGUGGCCUUAUAGUCAAGCAGGUUUUAUUAAUCGAUACGGGUCGAUUGUCAACGCUAUAGCUGGCGUUAUUUUCUUCAGCACUCCACACCGUUAUGGCGAUAGGGUUACAAGCUUGAUGCGUUUCCGAGAUAUCUUGGGAGCAACAACAGGUAGAAAAAUGAAGCUCUCGAAAUCCAGUGUUGAGCAAGAAGGCGCUAUAUUGCUCGAUCUCGCCGAUAGAUUCGAGGAGAUCUCCUUCCGGUCUCCGAUAUUAUCGAUCUAUGAAUUGAGACAAUCGAAGAGCAGAUCAAUACCGCUACGCCGGAAAUACCAGCAGUUGGUUGACCGUGGAGCUUGCUUAACUCAUGCCCCCAUGGAAACUGUCAUUGGCCUCAAUAUCAACCACCAUGAUUCAUGUCUUUUUACCAAGAGUGCUGGCAAUGAGGGCAUACCCGAGUUGGAGAAGUUUGUUCACGACACACUACAUGAUGCCGUGCUUCUUGUUGCCUUUAGACUUGAGGAUCGUAUAUUGAGAAGCAUUGAAAAUUCGUGUUAUCAAGCUAAUGGUCCAGUAGGGGUAGCAAGAUGUAAUGAUGAGCAAUACUCGCCCACCAUGAGCGACCCGUAA